GCGCCCGGCGCGGGCGGAAGCGGCCUCCGGUCUCCAUGGUAACGGCCCGGCGUCGCCGCCUCCGGGGGAAGAUGCGGCCCGCGGGGCCCGCCGCGCCCCCCGCCGCCUGGCCCGGCCCGGCCCACUGAGGACGGUCCCGCCGCCCGGCCCCUGCGGGCACCGGGCCGCCCGUCCCAGCGGAGCCCAUGGCCUCCAGCGAGCGGGAUGCCAUCUCCUGGUACCAGAGGAAGAUUGGAGCGUACGACCAGCAGAUAUGGGAAAAGUCCAUCGAGCAGACUCAGAUUAAGGGCUUCAAAAACAAACCAAAAAAGAUGGGUCACAUAAAGGCAGACCUGAUCGACGUGGACUUAAUCCGAGGCUCGACGUUUGCCAAAGCCAAGCCGGAGAUCCCGUGGACGUCGCUGACGCGCAAGGGGCUGGUGCGCGUGGUGUUCUUCCCGCUGUUCAGCAGUUGGUGGAUCCAGGUGACGUCCCCGAAGAUCUUCCUGUGGCUGCUGCUGCUCUACCUCAUGCAAGUGCUCGCACUUGUGCUGUAUGUGAUGAUGCCCAUCGUGAACGUGAGCGAGGUCCUCGGACCGCUGUGCCUUAUGCUGCUCCUGGGCACCGUGCACUGCCAGAUCGUGUCCACGCAGAUGGCGCGGCCGGCGGGGAGCGACGGGAGCCGGAGGCGGAGAAAAUUACGAAAAACUGUGAAUGGUGAGGGGAGCCGAGAAAAUGGAAAUCCCUCCUCUGACCAAGCCAGGGGGGUGGAGCCCGUGGCGCCCGGACCGCCCGCCCGCGGCCUUUGGGGGACUCUCUUCGGCAGCAGCAGGACUAAGACAGUGAAACUGAUAUGUAACAAGGAGACGGAGACCAGCAGGGACCCCGGCUACCUGCAUCCCAUCAUCAAGAAGCGGCCGGCGCGGCCGGACGCCAGGACGUGGGCGGCGGUGGAGAAAGCCCGGCUCUCGGACGGCGAGAGGGGCCGCAGGGGGGCCGGCCUGCGCGCGGGGAGCGUGGGGCGCGGGUCGGAGGAGCCGUCCAGCGAGGAGGACGCGGAGGCGCGGACGCAGAUGAUGCUGCUGCGGCGCAGCGUGGAGGGCGCCUCCAGCGACAACGGCUGCGAGCGGGACCGGCGGGCGCUGCUCCCGCGGCGCCUCAGCUCGCAGGUGACGAAGACCACCACCAAGUGGUGCCACUUCAUGCGGGACUCCGACAGCCUGGUGGAGUCCGAGCUCGAGUCCACCGCCUUCAGCCAGGGCUCCCGGGCGGGCGGGAGCCGCGGCUCCUGCAGCCUCCGCGGGUCGCGCAGGGACUCGGAGAGCACCCGCCACGACUCGGAGACGGAGGACAUGCUGUGGGACGACCUGCUGCACGGCCCCGAGUGCCGGUCGUCCGCCACCAGCGACAGCGAGGGCCCGGCGGCCGGCCCGCAGGCGGGGCCCAGGCGCGGCCCCCGGGAGGACGUGUUCCAGCAGAACCACCUGUUCUGGCUCCAGAACUCCAGCCCCGCCUCGGACCGCGUCAGCGCCAUCGUCUGGGAGGGGAACGAGUGCAAGAAGGCGGACAUGUCGGUGCUGGAGAUCAGCGGCAUCAUCAUGAGCAGGGUGAACGCGCACCCGCAGGGCCUGGGCUACCAGAUGCUGGGCGCCGCGGUGACGGCCGGCCUGGCCCUCUCCCCCUUCCUGCACCGCCUGGGCCGCGCCAAGAGCCUGGAGCAGCUGGCGGCCGUGUCGGCCGAGGAGGCGCUGACGCUGUUCUGCGGGGCCCCGCCCGUGCCCCCCGCGCUCCUGCUGGCCCUCAUCAGCUUCGUGGAGCGGCUGUGCCUCACCUGGAUGUUCUUCUUCAUGAUGUGCGUGGCCGAGCGGACCUACAAGCAGAGAUUCCUGUUUGCGAAGCUCUUCAGCCACAUCACGUCCGCCCGGAAAGCUCGCAAAUACGAAAUCCCUCACUUCCGGCUGAAGAAGGUGGAGAACAUCAAGAUCUGGCUGUCGCUGCGCUCCUUCCUGAAGAGGCGCGGCCCGCAGCGCUCGGUGGACGUGGUGGUGUCCUCCGUCUUCCUCCUCACGCUGUCCAUCGCCUUCAUUUGCUGUGCCCAGGUUCUCCAAGGACACAAGACGUUCCUGAGCGAGGCGUACAACUGGGAGUUCCUGAUCUGGGAGACGGCUCUGCUGCUGUUCCUGCUGCGCCUGGCCUCGCUGGGCUCCGAGACCAACAAGAAGUACAGCAACGUGUCAAUACUGCUCACCGAGCAGAUUAAUUUGUAUCUUAAGAUGGAGAAAAAGCCAGCCAAGAAGGAACAGCUUUGUCUGGUAAACAACGUGUUAAAGCUGUCCACCAAGCUGCUGAAGGAGCUGGACACGCCCUUUCGGCUCUACGGCCUGACCAUGAACCCCUUAAUCUUCAACAUCACCCGCGUCGUCAUCCUGUCCGCCGUCUCCGGCGUUAUAAGCGACCUCCUGGGAUUUAACAUCCGGCUGUGGAAAAUCAAAUCCUAAGCUGGCCAGGCGCCGGCCUCGCUCCCCGUGCUGGCGACAGGGCCCAUCGGGAAGGAGAUGCCGGAGGAACCUGCGAUGCCCCCACUCGCCUGCCCGAGGCCCUGCCGGGCCGGCCUCCGGGGGCUGGAGGAGCGGGGCCUUGCCAGCAGGGCUCCGGCAGCGGACGGAAGGAGGGGGACUGUGCGGGGACAGAGGACUCUCUGAGGCAGCACGUGUCCUGCAGGUUUCCUGCCGGGACGGUCAUGUUUACUGGAGACGGGCUCUGGGUUACUGCUGGGGACCCGGAGUGGGACCCAAACACACUUUAUUGGAAAUGUGCACAUUCAGGACUUCCUAUAACGUGCACAGAAGCAGAGACUCCAUUUCUCCAGCAGAGAUCCAGCUAUUUUAGGUUGAACUCAAAUAAAAGGACUUUAUUGGA